UUUAGAAAUAGGAAGGCAUUUCUGCAGCAGUGUGGGCCUGUACGGAAGAGAAGACUGAGCAUGCGGUAUAAUAUUCACUUUAUCAUUCGUGUAGGAAACUAGGUAAAAGACUUACCACCAACAAGCCUACUUCAACAAACCUAAAUCAUGAUAACAAAUAGGCCAAUACAAUAGGCUUAAUAAAUGUAAUUGUGUCCAUAAAGAUUAAUGCCUAGGAAAUGGCCAAGUUUAAAAUAGCUCAAAGAGAACAACCACCAAAGAAACUUCAACAUUUACGACAGCAAAAACAGGCAUUAUGGGUAGAUCUAAAGAGUUAUCUCCCUCUUUUAGAUAUCACCUACUCUUCUAUCAGUUCUAUAGCAGGACUGGUGACAGUCAUUCUUGCCAUAUUUAUCUCUUCAAAGUUAAUCCAGAGUAGUCGGAUACCGGUAAAUAAAUUAGAAAAGUCAGAACCGUCUGUUAAUUUAUCAACUAAACCAUUUGUUUAUGAUCAUCAGGCUGCUCAGUUAGAACGGACUAACAAUAUGGACAAAUAUGAGUUUAAUUAUGAUAGAUUUGGAAUAGAUCGCAGGUCGGAGUUAACGUUACAAGAAUUCUGGGAUGUUUAUGAUGCUAAAUGGCCAGUGGUACUUACUACUGUAAUGGAUGAAUGGCCAGCAAGAAAAUGGUCAACAGAAUUUUUCAAUAAAACAUACGGGGAACAGCGUAUUGUAAUGAAAGCUGUACAAGGUACUUUAAAAAAUGCUAGAGGUUUAGCGCUCCCCCUUCAUUUGUUUAUUCAACAUUUAAAUGAUAGUUCACCCACAUCCUGGACUUAUUUAGAAGAUGAACUAUUUUUACCACAACGACCAGAAUUGUACAACCAAGUGCCUAGAAAUCUUUAUACAGAAGAAGAUUUUUUUCCUUUAUUUCCUAAAGAAGUACAACCAUGGGAUUGUAUGUUGCUAUGGGGAACAGCCUAUUCCCGAUCUUCCCUCCACAUAGAUCCGUAUAACUGGACAGGCACUAAUGCUGUUCUUAAAGGACACAAAAAAUGGAAGUUAUUUCCUCCCGGUCAGGAUGACUUACUCUAUGUUCCACAAGAUGGUGCCUGUGGUUUUCCUCUGGACUGUUUUAAAUACAACAGUCCUGUUGAUGCAUUUGAACCUGACCAUGAACAAUAUCCUAAAUUUAAACAUGCUCUGUAUAUAGAGUUAGACCUGGUUCCCGGUGAAUUCUUAAUAAUACCAACAGGCUGGUUUCAUCAGGCAUAUAAUACAGAAGAGACUAUGGCUGUAUCUGGACAGUUUAUGAAUCGUAAUAAUUAUUUAAUUAUAAUGGAGGAGAUUUUGAAAGCAGGCAGUAUUAAAAGAGAACGUUUACCAGCUUAUUUUCACACAUUAUUACCUCCAGAUCAGGUGAAAUAUUUGAUGUCGUUAUUACCUAAAAGUGUCCUUAGAAAGGGAAAGAAAUUAACAGAAGACAUUAUACAACAAGUGGAAAGAAAGAAUCAAAAACAGAUCAAAGAAGAGGAAACCAGAAAAGAAAUUGAGAAAAAAAAGAAAAAGAAGCGAAACUAGAGUUUUGAAAAUUGUUUUCUUAAGACCUGUGACAAAGGAUCAUUUUGGCUCAACCACAAGGACUGUGAUGUUUUAUUAACACUCCUCUCGACCUAACUUUCUGAAAUCUUGAACAAUUAAUUAGAGACUCAUAUCAUUUGAAAUUAUUUGAUUUGAAAAUAAACCAAUCUGUUUUUGUUUUAAGACAAAUCUCGCUAAAUCUAUUAGAUAAUACUUUGACUGAAAGGCCAAAUGUUGAAUAAAUAAUCACAAUUUUUUGAAUUUUGAAUUUUACAAAUUAAAAAGUUCACAACUGAAAGCUUUUAAGAAGAAAAACCAAGAACUUUUUGUUUUUAAAUUGUUUCCGCAAUCCCUGAUGAAAUAUCAAAAUUUUAUUAGGUGUUGCCAAGGAACAAAAGCUCAAUUGGUGUAAAUGUUAUAAUUAAUUGUUGUAAAUCAUAUUUUUGAGAAGAAAUUGUUUUGUUAGGCAUUAUAUAUUAUUUGUUUAUUUUUUAAUUUGUAUCUAAUGCAAUUGUUUAUUGUUAUGCAGAAGUCCCACAACAUGGUUGAGGAAUUUGGUUUUAUUAUUUUUGUUUAUAUUUUAUAUAAAAAAAAAUUCAAUUGAAUUGUUUAAUAAUAUUUAAAACUGAAUAUUAGAUAGUUAAUAAUUAAUAAUCUACUGGUUACAGAACUCCAGAGGAAAUAUAUUAGUUAUCAAGUUUUCAUAUUUUUGUACAUUUUGUGCAUUUAUAAUUGGGUUAGAUAGCUUUGGGUCACAGUGCAGAAUAUUUUAUUGUUUCUUUGAUUUAGUUUCUUACAAUAUAGAUCAAGUAGAUUGUUAUAUUCCAUACAUUAUCUGAUGUAUUUUGUGGACAUUAAAUUUCAUUUUAUUACUAAAAGAGAAAAACCUCUUUCAUUUGGGGGGUGGGGGGGGCUGGUUGGAUGGGCGAAUAGUUAGCACGUACGCACUGUGUCAUACAGUCUGUCAUUGAGUCAACUGGUGGGGUUUCGAUUCCGUGGUUGUAUGUGACAAGGAGUAGGGUUGCGUUUCAACUUUGUGGGUUUUCUCUGGGUCCUCUGGUUUCCUCCCACUGCUAAAGACCCCUACGCGUAAGCGAAUUAUUGAAAUAAAAAAAAAUGAACCAUGUGUUAGUCCCGAAAUGACCUAAUUUGUGUUAAGUGGACGUUAAACCCCAUUUAGUUUAAGUAAUGUGUUAUUUCGAUUAAUAUAGGUACACAGUAUGUGAUGGGUGAAUUUAGUUUUUAUUUCUGCUAAAAACAUUGACAUUGGUUCUAUCUGCUUAGCUGAUAUUUUAAAUGCAGACUGCUAUAUAAACAAGUCAAAUAUAAAAUCAACAAUUUUAUUUUUUAUCUAAAUGAAAGAGGUGUUAUUUUAAAGUCUUAUGUGCAUUAUUUUUUUUGGCUUAACAUUUAAGAAUCCCCGGUUGUACGUGACAAGGAGUAGGGUCGCCUGUCCAACCUCGUGGGUUUUCUCCGGGUCCUCCGGUUUCCUCCCACUGCUAAAGACCCCUACGCGCAGGCGAAUAUGUAAAUAAGAUUAAACCAUAUGUUAGUCCCGAAAUGACCUAGUUUGUGUCGAGUGGACGUUAAACCCCAUUUCUCUGUCUCUCUCUUAACAUUUAAAUAUACUCAAAUUGAUUAUUUAACAUUUAAUUAAAUACAAAAUAGCAGUGGUAGAUAAUCUCCUUCCAUGGAUUCAGUCGGAUCAAAAGGGGGGGGGGGGAAUUACAGGUGAGGGGGCUGACUUUUUACCAUAUCCCUUAUAUUAUCUGCAUAUAAUUAAUUCAUCAGUUGAAUCAUAUUUGGACUGAUAUUUAUUUUAGAAAUUCAACUUGUAUUUGCAAUGAAUUCAAAAUUCCUCAAAUGAUGUUCCAAAUCUUUAAGUUUUGGAUAUUUCCAAGUAUUAAGUUUUGGUUAUAAAGAAGGUUUGUCUCUUAUAUUUAUGAUGCAUUAUUUUUUUUGAUCAGUAACAAGGUUGAUACCAAAGGGGCACAACUACUUAAAGGUCGUUUUAUUUAUCAUCUGGUUUAUCAUUAAACUAGUUUCUAGAAGGAUCACUCAACGUAGAAAUCAUUUAAUCUUUAAUGAAUAUGGAAUUGUUGGCAUGUUAUGUACAUAAAUGAGAGAAAUGUCUGGUCAGGUGUUUAAAUGGAGAUUUGAAAUCAUCGAAAUUUUCUAGUGAAAGUCUCUGAUCUACUACAAGACAAAAACUUUUUUUUUUAUUUGUUAGGUGUUAAAAUCAUCGAAUUUUUCUAGUUGUUAAUUGUUGAAUAUUAGUUUUUUCUUUGUUUUUAAAAAGUACCAUAAUAGUCCCAUAAAUUUCAAUAUAAUCUUAUACAGAUUUUUUUUUUUUUUUUUGUCACAAGUAUAUUGUAGUUCACAAAUCUGUAAUAGAGACUUACUGUAACGUGUACACCACGCACAAUUAUUGAAUCCGUAGUAUAUUAAAGAUACAUUAUGUAAGAGCUACAUCUAUGCAGGUCUGGAAUUUGGCAUCAAAUGUUAUAUAAUAUAUUAUUUAGAUAUUUAUUCUCAUGACAAGCCUAUAAUCAACUCUCUAGACCAUCGGAUGGUCGAGAUUUAAAUAGAUUAGAACACCCGCUAGAUUUAAAAAUUUAACAAUAAAAUGGAUAAUAAAUCAUCUAUGCUACUUCUUCAAACACUCAUUAUCUAUUUUUGAAAUAUUAUAGCAAGAACGGCCAAAUCUUUAUCUAAAUCUUACAUAAGGUAUCUUUAACAUUUGAGAAUUGUGAGGAAACACUUUAUUAUGUUGAAGAUAUGAGUGGAUACUGUCAUACCUGAUUUUAUAAUAUUGUUAUUAUUUUGUUGAUUUUAUAUAAAUGUAUCAAGAGUUUUUAAGUGUGAUGUCAUUGUUUUUCGUGAUAGUGAUUGUUUUAAGCAUAAUAAAUUAGUGUUUACAUUCCAUUCAAUUGAUGCUCUAUAUUUUUCUACUUAAUUUGCGUAUUGUUUUCUAUGCAAAUUCAGUUGUUGCACAUUGUGUAUAGAAAAUCCUAUAUCAUUGAUUAUCAUAUAAUCUUAUUUUAUUUUUAUUCAAUUUUUAUACACGUGUAAUUAAUAUAGAAUUCCAGGAACAUAGAAUACAGUAAUGAUAAUUUAAAAACGUUUAUUUCAAAAACAGUAUUGCUUGAUUAUUGUAAAACAUACAAUUCAUUUAUCAUUAAUUCUUGCUUUUCAAAGUAUUUAUUGCAUAAGGAAUUUGUAACAUGAAUAUUGAUUGCUGUAGGUCCCGACAUGAUAGAAUAAAUGAAAUGAGGUUUAAUAUGAUACUCUUCUGCACAAACUCGGCUUAUGAAGACGUAUAUGACAUGCAGAGUUCUUUCCUAGGUCUUCUGUCCCUGCUUUACUUAAAAGAGGAAACCAUUGUAAAACCAUCAGCCAACUCUAUUCACUGUGAGCAACCAUGGCUCCCCCAGUUUGAAAGAUAAAUGUGAAGUUUGACAACAUACACAUUCAAAUGUUAGAAAUUAGUCAAAUCAAUUCUAACUUAAGUUAUGGUUCAUUUAAAGUUUACAUUGAUUUCACCUUUAUGGAUCUUGACAAAUAAAAUAAUUCUAUGUUUUUCAUACAAGUGCUAUUUUUAUGAAUGUUUUUUUAUACUCCUAUGUGUUACAUAAUAAGAAGUGAAUGAUCUGGCUUGGUGUAAUUACUGUUAAACAAGAUUAAUGUGAUACAGAUGAAAUAAUCUACUGAUUCCUGUCAAGUGUAAAUUUUGUAGUUUAAGAAAUACAUUAGAAUAUGGUUUGUUAUAUUUAUAUCAUGUUAAAGCAAUGCAACCUACUUAAUCUGUUUUGUGGUUUCUAAUAUGUGUAUUUUUUUAAAUUAGAUAAUAUUGUGGAAUAAACUAUUUUGCACACAAAAA